UAUAAAUUAGUCUUUGUGAAACCACUGAGAGUGGAGGCUGACUGAUGGCAAUCUGGUUUCUAGUAGCAUGGCUGAACAACUGACUGAAGAGCAGAUUGCAGAAUUCAAAGAAGCCUUUGCUCUAUUUGACAAGGACGGAGAUGGUAGUAUAACAACAAAGGAAUUGGGAACUAUAAUGAGGUCGCUUGGGCAGAAUCCCACAGAAGCUGAAUUACAGGAUAUGAUUAAUGAAGUAGAUGCUGACGGUAAUGGUACAAUUGACUUUUCAGAGUUUCUGACUAUGAUGGCAAGGAAAAUGAAAGACACAGACAGUGAUGAAGAAAUUCGAGAGGCAUUCCGUGUGUUUGACAAGGAUGGUGACGGCUUUAUUAGCGCAGCAGAACUUCGCCACGUGAUGACAAAUCUUGGAGAAAAGUUAACAGAUGAAGAGGUUGACGAAAUGAUCAGGGAAGCCGAUAUGGAUGGUGAUGGCCAAGUAAACUAUGAAGAAUUUGUGCAAAUGAUGACAGCAAAGUGAAGACAUUGCAUCAAAUAACUUGUGCAAUUUUAUUUGUCUUUUCUUUGUAACUUCUCUGUAAGACGUUUCCCCACCCCUAUUCCACUGCAUGUGUAGGAAUUAGAAUUCUCAUUCCUCCAUGUUUUUUUCUCCUUA